UGACGAUGACGCUGCACAGGGCGACGCGGCGCCCACAGUAAAGAUGGCGGACUUGUCGAGCGCCGAGCAGCUGUCAGACGAGAAAGAAAGAGAUAUUCAGCUCAAGAAAAGACAAAAAAGACCGUGGGAAGAUUUGCACAAGUCGGGUAAAAUCGGUAUAACGCCAGAGCUGCCGGAAACUUUGGGAUUUUAUGAUAUUAGUGCUGUCAGGAGGGAGCAACGGGAGCAGCCAGCAGAUCCGUCGUUGACUCGCUUCAUUUCAGCGGAGCUCACCAGAGGCUACUUCCUCGAACACAAUGAGGCAAAGUACACCGAGCGCAGGGAGAGAGUUUACACAUGCAUGCGGAUUCCAAAGGAGCUGGAGAAGCUGAUGACCUUUGGCCUCUUCCUGUGUGUGGAUGCCUUCCUGUACGUGUUCACGCUGCUGCCCCUUAGGGUGCUGCUGGCCAUGCUCCGCCUCCUCACUCUGCCGUGCUGCGGCUUCAGCGGGUCUCGGCUGCUGCAGCCAGCACAGGUGUGUGAUGUGCUAAAGGGCCUGAUCCUGGUGCUGUGCUUCUCCAUGAUGCAUUAUGUGGACUACUCCAUGAUGUAUCACCUGAUCAGAGGACAGUCUGUGAUCAAACUCUACAUCAUCUACAAUAUGUUAGAGGUGGCUGACCGCCUCUUCUCCUCGUUCGGUCAAGACAUCCUGGAUGCUCUCUACUGGACAGCCACCGAGCCCAAAGAACGGAAAAGAGACAACAUAGGAGUCCUCCCUCACUUCAUCAUGGCUGUCUUUUAUGUCUUCCUCCAUUCCAUCCUCAUCAUGGUCCAAGCCUCAACCCUAAACGUCGCCUUCAACUCACACAACAAGUCUCUGCUCACCAUUAUGAUGUCCAACAAUUUUGUCGAGAUCAAAGGGAGCGUGUUCAAGAAAUUCGGGAAGAACAACUUAUUCCAAAUGUCUAACAGUGAUAUCAAGGAAAGGUUCACCAGCUAUGUUCUGCUGCUGAUCGUCUGUCUCAGGAAUAUGGAGCAGUUUGCAUGGAACCCAGACCACCUGUGGGUGAUGUUCCCGGAUGUCUUCAUGGUCGUUUCCUCUGAGAUUAUUGUUGACAUCAUAAAACACGCUUUCAUCACCAAAUUCAACGACAUCACUGCGGAUGUGUACAGUGAAUACAGAGCCAGUCUGGCCUUCGACCUCGUCAGCAGUCGACAGAAGAAUGCUUGCACAGACUACAGUGACUCAGUGGCUCGAAGGAUGGGCUUCAUCCCUCUCCCCUUGGCUGCUCUGCUUAUCCGAGUUGUGAUGAGUUCGGUGAAGGUGCAUGGAGCGCUUUCAUACACAUGUGUGUUCCUCUUCUAUCUCGGGCUGGUCUCACUGAAAGUGUUGAACAGUAUCGUGCUGCUGGGGAAGUCGUGCAUUUACGUCAAGAGAGCCAACAUGGAGGACAAACUGUUUGAGAGACCCUCCGCAACUACAUCCUCUGAGAAAAACCCUGACCAGGCUGAAGACAGGUGUCCCACUCCUUCAGGAGAAUCCAAAGCUCAGGAGAUCCCUGCCCCACCCUACAGCCCACCACACUCCUCCUCCGUGACUUCACAGCCCGCUCCCAGGACUGACUUGUUUCCUCCUCCACCCACCGAUUCCUCUUCCGCAGCUCCAGCUUGCCGUCCUCCCACUCCACCACCCGAACCUGAAAAAACUGUAGUAUCCCUCUCCAAAGAGGAGGAGGGCGAGACACAAGCGAACCCAGAGCUGAAGCACAGGACUCCUACAGAAGAAGACCUGCUCGAGAUCGACCGCUUCACAAUCUGUGGUAACCGCAUCGACUGAGCAGCAGCGGCAGCACCCAAUGUAGCGAUUAACCACUCAGGAAAGACGGAGAGCAAAGGGCCAUGCGGGCCGACUCUCCCGGCCAACAGCAGCAGAAAGCUGAGUAUUUAUUAAAGCCAGUGGUGACACAGUAAGUUAUUUUGAGCACGGACAUUCAGUGCCCGACAGUCCUGCUGUUGCUAAAGCCUGAAGUCGAGGAGUUUGACAAAGAAAACUUCAGCUUGCUGAUAAACAGUGGGAGACAGAGAGUGUGACGGUGGCGGCACAGUCGUCAGGAGGAACUGUCAGUGUGAGUGUGUGACUGUGUGUGACUGUGUGUGACUGUGUGUGUGUUUGGAAGUGUUGGGAUGUUUCAAAGUGAGCAGGUGUGAAUGCGUGUGUGUGUGUGUGUGUGAACAGUGUCUGUGUGAGUGUGAGAGCACAUAAGCACUUCCUGUCAGAGCAGCACUGGGACCAGGAGGAGAGGAACCUCAGUUGGCUCACUCGCCAGAAAACACAAACUUCCAAACUCCUUGAUUAAGGAAACACCUGAACAAGCGUUCACGGCUUCAGGUGUUUCAUUCACCUCACAAAAAACCUGAUUUCAUAAGUAUGAGGUUCGUUUUAUUUGUGUGUCAUCCAACAUAUUAGCUUGCUUGAAAGAGCACCCCGGUCCAGCCCAGGCUUUAUGAUCAGAACUUUGUGGUACCUAAACAACACAUCAGAUGUAGUAUUGACUCAAAUAUAAAGGUUUCUAAAAUGUUCCUUUUAUACGAGACCUCCAGCUGGUGGCUCCCAACCUGAGAGUCAUCCAGUCUGUGGUCAUGAAAACUCUUAGUAGGUCAUUUGAUUUACUGAAACAAUGAUUAUUCAGACAGCAGCUUGUUUCAGAGCAGUCCCACACUGGUAAUAUAUCAGAGCCAAUGCAUCAGCUGCUCAGCUCAGCAAUCCACAGCUCUUUGAGACUUGCAGUUUUGAAGUGGAGCAUCUUUAUACUUCUCACUAUCUUUGAUGGAGACAUGAAUGUGACUUUUGAUCAGAGCUUUGUUGUUUACAGGGGAAAGGAGAAUCUUAUUUGCAGGCUGCAGUUCCCCCCUUUGCAAAUUAAAGAGCUUUUGAAGUAUCUAUUUGUGGACAUGAACAGAAGCUUCCAAUCAAAUGCACUAAACCUGCUGCUUCUCCUAGCCGCUUGUUUUUCAGAGGUGCAGGUGAAAAACCACAAUACAACACACUAAGACUGCAAUGCUCGUGUCUUCUAGGGAGCACUUUUAAUCGCUUCUUUACAGUAAACAAGGCAAUCAAUUCAUAACCUGAGACUUGAUCAGUUCAUGUGUUUAUCACUCAUAAUUAUUACAUAAGUAACAGUCGUUAAAUCAGAACAUUAGUUUUUAAAUUCUCAUCGAGUUUUGAAGAACGUUUGCACUGAUGGACCAUAUUGUCUUAAAUGUGACGAGUCAUGUUUCUCAUUUGACUCAAGAGUGAUGUUGUAAUGUUUACAUUGUAGAAAAUAGAAGCAAUAUUUCCUCAACAAUAUGCCUUUUUGCAUGUGUGUUUACAAUCUGUUGAUUUUGAUUUUUUCACACAAAUAUAUAUAAAUAGAAUUUAUGAUCAGUUAUAUCAUCUAGCUGCCAUCUGUCAGCUAUGUAUGUAAUUGAGUGUAAGCAAUAUAUAAUAUAAUAUUCUAAAAAUAAUAAUAAUAAGAGAGUUGUACUAUAUGCAGCAGCCAUGCCAUAAAGUUUAGCAGCCAUGCCAAAUAUUGAAUUCACGUCCGAUGACUUCUGUUGUGUGAUCCAGUAAGUUAAGAUGAAUAAAUAUUGAAUAUGUAGCGUG